ACUACUUGUGUCUCUUCAAUAAACUGGAAAUAAGUGCAAUUCGAAAUGAUUCGUUCAGUCAUUUUUGUAGUUUUAAUCUCAAUCGUAUUCACGCAGUGUUUACCACCAAACGAUAAAAGCACACCGCUUAAAUUGAACAAAUCAAUAAAAGCCAAUUCGUUAAACGGAAAGUCGUUGGGAAAUUUUACUAAAUUGUUUGAUGCUAAGAAAUCAAAUCUUAAACAAAUCCAUCCUUAUCAUGUAGAAAAAGAAUACAAAUUUGGAGAGCGUGGGGAGGAUGAUGGUCUGUUAGGCCUUUCCUUCGAAGUCAACUAUUUUGAUGGUUUACGAGAUCUUGAGUUCAUUGUUGGCUAUCCCAACACUGGACCCGGCAAAUUUAUUGUGACUUAUGUGGAAGUUUAUGUUUUCCAGGAGUCGAACGAUGGAUCUGCAGAAAUUUCUAAAGGUGGAAUAGGCGAGCAAGGAGUUGAGAUUAAAAUUUCAGCCAAUCAAAUUGAUGAUUUCCUAUACUACGAAGCGGCGUUUUAUGGCCACCAAUAUUGAAUCUUUAAACCGGACAUACCGUAUAUAUUUUAACUAUAGUUAUAACUAUAGUCAUACUAUAUUGAAUACUAUUUUAUCUUCUUCACAUUUAAUGGAAAAUUGAAUGAACAAUAUAAUAAUUCACUUAUU